CAUGAACAAGUACUCCUGCACUGGGCGACUGGUGCAUACUACCCGCGGCACAAAUCAAAGGAAAAGAGUCACGUGAAACCCCCACACCUGCAUACAGACACACGAUUUGUCAAGCCUGACUGUUUGAGGAAAAAAGUCCUUCUGCCCCAAGCCAAGCUCACCAACGCUUACUAGUAAAUAUUCAAAGCUCGAUGUCAGUCCCGCGGACGAAGCCAUGGGAAACUUCUAGUGGCACUUCUGCUGCGUCAAAUGCAGCCACAGAUUCCCCGGGCUCCUUAGGUACAUCCUCGGCAAUCAUUCCAGAACGGCCCACCUCGAUCUUAGAGCAAGACAAUACCAUGGGAUUUGGCGCCGGCGGUAUGUCGUCUUCAUACGGAGCUGGUAAUUAUGGUGGUGGAUAUGGAAACUCCAGGUAUAGCGGAGGAUAUGGCUCAUCUAUGUACGGCAGUGGAUAUGGGUCCUCGAUGUAUGGAAGUGGAUACGGAUCAGGAAUGUACGGUGGAUAUGGAGGAUACGGCUCCAGCAUGCACGGCGGAUAUGGGUCAGGUAUGUAUGGCUCAAGCUUCGGUGGUGGGAUGUAUGGCCAAAAUGGAAUGAACGGUAUGAACGGAAUGAACGGUCCAGGUGGUUUGGCGGAGGGCACACAGGCGACGUUCCAGCUCAUUGAGUCGAUCAUCGGAGCUGUCGGCGGCUUUGCACAGAUGCUUGAAGCAACAUACAUGGCCACGCAUUCGUCUUUCUUCACAAUGGUAUCAUUGGCCGAGCAGUUUGGAAACCUAAAAAAUACCCUUGGUUCCUUGCUUGGGAUUUUUGCGGUGAUCAAGUUCGCGAAAAGAAUAUUCUUCAAGAUUACAGGGAGGCCAUACAAUCACGGCAUAAGUCUAAAAGAGUUCAGCAAGUUUGAAUUGAAGCAAAAGAAACUCGAGGACAAGAUUAGACGACAGCAAGCCAGUGCGGGAAAACCUGCCCGGAUAUCCUUUAAACCAUUACUAGUUUUCUUGGCCGCCUCUAUUGGAUUUCCUUAUCUCUUGAGUAAGGCGAUACAGACGCUUAAUAUGCAACAGCAAAGGCAACAACAGAGAAGACUUCAAGAUCAACAGGGCAUGGCUGCUGGCACUCGUGGACCUAUUGACCCAGAAUCAUUGGAAUUUGCAAAGGCUUUGUACGAGUUCAACCCCGAAAAUCCCAACAUAGAGAUUGAGUUGAAGGCCAAGGAGCUUGUUGCAAUCUUGUCAAAACUUGACCCUCUCGGAAACGAGAGCAAGUGGUGGAAAGUCAGAUCUCGCACAGGCAAAGUUGGGUAUGUUCCGCUGAAUUUUUUAUCCAUCAUUGAGAGAAAAUCCGUGAAACAGGUAGAGGCAGCUCCCCAAAUCACCCCUGUCAAUGUGGACUCUUCAAAGAAAGUGAGCUUCGCGGACGGCUUUUCAACAACCUAAGGAUCGCCAUCAUCAGUACACAUGACAUCAUUGAUCCAUAGAGUUUAAUGGCGACAUCGACCCACACAUUUCAUCAAUAUUCUUAGCAUAACACUAUCGAUAAAAUCUUGAAAGGUAUCUAGAUGUUUUUCUGCGGCUAUCUACAUACCAAAUAAUCUCAACAGUGUUGUUUAUUUUGGGAGGUGUAUAAAUUUGGUCUUAAAGCGAAUCUAAACGGCAUCAUCAGGACGGUUUUGCUCAGUCUCCACCUUAGAACCCUUGUCCUGCAAGUUUUCGUAACCCCU